AUGAUAUUGUUAAAUCUAUGCUUGACUCGAGUAAGAAACAGUGUGCCUAAUCCUAGCAGAUCCUCGUGGACUUGUCUUGGGCUGGGUCUUGGUGUGGUGAUCAGAAACCAUGAUGGUGAUCUUAUAGCUGCUGCUGUGAGAAGAGAGCCUGCGGGUUGGUCUGUCAAGUUGGCUGAGGCUGCAGCUUGCAGAUUCGGUAUUCGAUUAGCGCAGAUAUUGGGUUUCAUUAUGGUGCACGUUGAGACUGGUGCAAGUAAUGUGGUUGCAGGGGUGACAAAGAAGAAUGAUGAUUUCUCUCCUACUUUUUUAAUCGAUGACUAUAUUGUUGCUCUCUCUAAGAAUUUUAUGUCGUUUAUUACUUUUCAUGUAAAACGGGCAGUGACUUGCGAAGAUAAGAGAAUGAAGUGGUUAAAUACCAACAGACGCCAUUGUAGGGUAGGACAAGCCGUUUUCGAGCUCGAUGCAAAAUAUGUACCAUUACAACCUCUUGGAAAGGGGAGUUACGGUUUGGUAUGUUCUGCGAUUAACUUGAAAACCGUUGAAAAAGUUGCAAUAAAGAAGAUAAGUGAUGUAUUUGCUGAUCAAGUUGUGGCGCUUAGAACGUUGAGAGAACUCGUAAUAUUGCGCAAUGUCCGUCAUGACUACGUGAUCGGAUUGCGGGAUGUUAUGAUCACUUCCCCUAAGAACACAUUUAAAGAUAUUUACUUGGUUUACGAAAUUAUGGAUAGUGAUCUUGAUCGAAUACUCAGAACUCCUCAACCGCUUUCUUCUGAUCACAUCAAGUUUAUCAUGUUUCAGUUGCUGGAAGGGCUAAGGUAUCUCCAUUCUGCGAACAUAGUUCAUCGCGAUUUAAAGCCAGCAAACAUUUUAAUAAAUGCAAAUUCCGAUCUGAAAAUAUGUGACUUUGGGCUAUCAAGAACGUGCAAAGGUGAAGGUGAAUCGUCCUUGACAGAUUAUGUAGUAACACGGUGGUAUAGAGCACCCGAGUUACUAGUAUGCAACGACAACUAUGAUGCGGCAAUUGACAUGUGGUCUGUUGGAUGCAUCUUUGCGGAGAUACUAGGGCGUAAACCUCUCUUCCCGGGUAAAAAUCCCCUUGACCAAAUUAAACUUAUCAUCAAUUUUCUUGGAAGUCCUAGUGAAUCUGAUCUCGCCUUCAUAAAAAGUCCAAAUGCUGUUAAAUACAUCAAAGGAUUGCCUUAUUCAUAUGGGCUUCGCUUGGAGCUCAUGUAUCCUAGGGCUGAUCCUUUGGCCUUAGACUUGCUGCGAAGGAUGCUUGUUUUGAAUCCAACAAAGAGGAUUACAGUCACGGAAGCGCUUCGACACCCUUACAUGGCAGGCAUGCAUGAUCCAACUCAAUAUCCUACUGCUAUGAGGCCUCUUGACAUUGAUAUUAAGGCGAAUGUAGGGGAGUCAUGUCUAAGAGAGUUGAUGUGGAGAGAAAUGAUGUUUUAUCAUAAUGUUUGA